AAUGAUUAUCACAUGUUAUACUUUCCUAUAGAUUUCCACUGUAAGACGCCAGCUUUGCAAAACCCUGGCUGAAAGGAACUCUGUCAAACGCGCUGCGCGCCCCAGAAGCCCAAACAGGAAGAAUGAUAGGUGCAAGUGGAGCCCAAAUAACACGGGCGCCUGGUCAUAGACCUGAAACACAUUUGUUCAUGCUCCAUGCCCACCAAAAGCUGGCGCGUCCGCCGCUCCACGCGCCAUCUCGGACAGCGUCUGCCUGCAUUGUGGCUGUUGACACGAGGGUGCGCAGCGCGGCGGUGGACACCGUGGAGGCGACCCCCGCUGCGACACCUGCUGCAGCGCCCUCCGAGUCGCUUACCUGGAUGACUUGCAAGCGCUGCAAAGAGCGGUUUGCGGCGGAGCGCAACCACCGAACCGCCUGCAGAUACCACAGCGAGACUUGGACGGGCGGGGAGCUGGCCAAGGCCACCGGCUUUGUGCGCCAGAGCGACGCGCCCGAGCACCAGCUGGGCGUGGUGAUGGGCCGCACGGGGCUGCUGCGCUUCUGGGACUGCUGCGGUGCCGAGGACGAGGCCGCGCCCGGCUGCCGGCAGAGCUUCCACUGCUCCUUUGAUGACGACGUAAACGAGAAGCACGGCUGGCGGUGAUGAUGUAGGGUGGGGGCUUUGGGGUGAGAACUGUGGUGCGGAUGCUGUGGUCGAAUGUGCCAGGCGUGGGGCGGUCGUAGGAUUUGACGCGCAGUAAGUACUGCUUUGGUUGUGGGGUGGCGGUGGGUGUGGUACACGUUGGAAAGGGCAGGCAGGAUACGUCUUGGCACUUGUGUUGUGCAGCAUUGUUCAGCUUUAGCAGAGUAAGAAACGUUGGCAAUUACGAAGCAUGCAAAUGGUAUCAGGCUGCGCCGCUGCGGUCGGCACACGACCAUAGUACGUUAGUGGCCGCACAUGGUGUGCAGGCAGGUGCGGCGCUGCGGUGGUCGGUGGACACGGUGGACGGCUUGUGCAGACUGUCGAUGUACCUACCGCAGAUGUUGCCACAUCGGACACUCCGGCUUGAAGCUUCAAGAAAGUGCGCUGUGUGGCCACGUGCAUGCGGAUGAUCGGAAUGAGCGCGCACGUGUUACGGGGUAGAGGCUGGCCGUGGGACUCCUUAGAUGGUUUUAUCACGUACGGUGGGGAGCAGUGGGGUCCAUCGUUCCGAAUCCGAGGGCAUUCUAAGAAUGCGGCCCUGAAGGAGCGGUGUUCGUGCUAACCCUAGUGCUAAACAGGCUUGCUUAUGUGCCGUUUGUACUGAAGGCUGCAGGCAUGGGUAUUACCGUAUAUUUAGGGGGCUGGGUGUCAACGGCGUCACAGACCAACACCCACAAUGAAGCAGGUCUAUGCAGGACCGCUGGCUGUUGCACGUGUGCCCGCAUUGAUAGAGAGACC